AGCAAUUCAGCGCAGUGCGAGUGACUGGAUGAGUGGCCGCAUCAGCACCACUAGCUGUAGCAUCUUGAGGCUGACGUGUGGCUUGUGGCUGCCGUAGCGUCUCCAUCAACUAUACAUAGAGGGAGAAAAAGAAAAAAAACGACUGCACACGCAUGCCGCAGCGGCAACCCGAGGGGAGCUAGUCGGGGACUAGACGGGGGGCUCGGGCAAGAGGAAACGGGGACGACUGGUAGCAGCAGCAGCAGCAGUGUAGCAGCAGCAGUAGCAGCAGCGGCACCAUGGCGCAAGCCGCCAAGCAGCUCCGCAAGACCAAGGACCUCGCCGAGGCCGCCGCCCAGGAGCAGCGGGAGAAGGAGGAGGAGAAGAUCAAAAAGAGGAAUCGAUCCAAGGAUCGCAGGCGCAAGGCUGAUGCAGCCACCAGCUUUCUUCGUGCAGCUCGUUCAGGCAACCUGGACAAAGCUCUGGAUCACAUAAAGAAUGGACUGGACAUCAAUAUAGCUAAUCAAAAUGGUCUAAAUGGGUUACAUCUGGCCUCUAAAGAGGGUCAUGUGAAAAUGGUCCUGGAGCUCCUCCACUCAGGCAUCGAACUGGAGGCCACCACCAAGAAAGGCAACACUGCUCUCCAUAUCGCAGCGCUGGCGGGCCAGGAGAAAGUGGUGGCUGAGCUUGUCAAUUAUGGAGCCAAUGUUAAUGCCCAGUCACAUAAAGGAUUCAGUCCUCUUUACAUGGCAGCACAGGAGAACCACCUAGAGGUGGUGAAGUUCCUGCUCGAGAACGGCGCCAAUCAGAGUCUCCCCACCGAGGAUGGCUUUACUCCUCUGGCAGUGGCCCUGCAGCAGGGCCAUGAAAACGUCGUAGCACUGCUCAUCAAUUAUGGCACCAAAGGCAAGGUCCGCCUCCCCGCACUGCACAUCGCCGCCCGGAAUGACGACACGCGCACCGCCGCUGUGCUUCUGCAGAACGACCCGAAUCCUGAUGUUCUCAGCAAGACUGGUUUCACCCCUCUACAUAUCGCAGCCCACUAUGAGAAUAUGAGCGUAGCCCAGCUGCUGCUGAACAGAGGAGCCAACGUAAACUUCACCCCGAAGAAUGGCAUCACACCGCUUCAUAUCGCCUCCAGGAGGGGAAAUAUGAUGAUGGUCAGACUCCUGCUGGACAGAGGUGCCCAGAUAGAUGCCAAAACAAAGGAUGAAUUGACUCCGCUUCACUGUGCAGCCAGAAAUGGACACGUUCGCAUCAUUGAGAUCCUGCUGGAACACGGUGCUCCCAUCCAAGCAAAAACCAAGAAUGGUCUGUCCCCCAUCCACAUGGCAGCUCAAGGGGAUCACAUGGACUGCGUAAGACAGCUACUUCAAUACAACGCCGAGAUCGACGACAUCACACUGGACCAUUUAACCCCUCUUCAUGUAGCAGCCCACUGUGGCCACCAUCGCAUGGCCAAAGUUCUUCUCGACAAGGGGGCCAAGGCCAACGCUCGAGCGCUGAAUGGCUUCACACCACUCCAUAUUGCAUGUAAGAAGAACCACAUGCGGUCAAUGGACUUGCUGCUCAAACACUCUGCUUCCUUAGAAGCCGUCACAGAGUCUGGCCUCACUCCUCUCCAUGUAGCAGCUUUCAUGGGUCACUUGAACAUAGCAAAGAACCUGCUCCAGCGAGGGGCUUCACCUAAUGCUUCAAAUGUGAAGGUGGAGACCCCCCUCCACAUGGCCUCCAGAGCAGGACACUGUGAAGUUGCCCAGUUUCUGCUGCAGAACUCAGCACAAGUGGAUGCCAAGGCAAAGGAUGACCAGACCCCCCUUCACUGUGCUGCCCGGAUGGGACACAAGGAGCUGGUCAAGCUGCUUCUUGAGCACAAGGCCAACCCCGACUCAUCCACAACGGCAGGGCACACGCCGUUACAUAUUGCUGGGCGGGAAGGACACAUCCACACUAUACGCAUCUUGUUAGACGCUGGAGCGCAGCAGACCAAAAUGACCAAGAAAGGCUUCACCCCCCUCCACGUGGCCUCUAAAUAUGGAAAGGUGGACGUAGCAGAGCUCCUUCUCGAGCGAGGAGCCAAUCCCAAUGCAGCUGGCAAGAACGGUCUGACACCCCUCCAUGUGGCGGUUCAUCACAACAACCUGGAUGUUGUUAAACUCCUGGUCAGCAAGGGAGGAUCCGCACACAGCACUGCCAGAAAUGGUUACACCCCUCUACAUAUAGCAGCAAAGCAGAACCAGAUGGAAGUAGCCAGUUGCCUGCUGCAGAAUGGGGCAUCGCCCAAUGCCGAGUCCCUCCAAGGCAUCACUCCCCUACACCUGGCCUCACAGGAGGGACGGCCUGACAUUGUGGCACUACUCAUCUCCAAACAAGCCAAUGUAAAUCUAGGAAACAAGAGUGGAUUGACCCCUCUCCAUCUGGUGGCACAAGAGGGCCACGUGGGCAUUGCUGACACACUGGUCAAACAGGGAGCAUCUGUUUAUGCUGCUUCAAGGAUGGGCUACACACCCCUUCAUGUGGCCUGUCACUAUGGUAACAUCAAAAUGGUCAAGUUCCUCCUCCAGCAGCAGGCACAUGUGAACAGCAAAACAAGGAUGGGCUACACUCCUUUGCACCAAGCAGCUCAGCAAGGUCACACCGAUAUUGUCACCCUGCUGUUGAAACACGGAGCCCAGCCCAAUGAGAUUACAUCGAAUGGAACAUCUCCACUGGGCAUCGCAAAGCGUCUGGGUUACAUCUCCGUCAUCGACGUGCUCAAACUGGUGACUGAGGAGUCCGUCUCUGCGAUCACGACGGAAAAGCAUCGAAUGAGUUUUCCUGAGACGGUGGACGAGAUUUUGGACGUCUCUGAGGAUGAAGGAGUCGCCCAGCUAACGUUAGGCGACGAGUUGCUUGGAAUGGACGGCGCACGCUAUUUGAAGCUUGAUGACUUCAAGGAUCAAGACGACGACUUCCUUUCCCCAAAGAAGACACUUAGAGAUUUCGAAGGUGGUGUGGGCACCACGCCCUAUUCUCCUGCCAUUCCCAGGAUCCCUUGUGUGUCGCCAGAAACUGUUCUUCUAGAUCAGCACACCCCCAUCCCACUGUCAAAGGAGUAUGACGAAGACUCGCUUAUCCCGAGCAGUCCAGCGACAGAAACCUCAGACAACGUCAGUCCUGUGGCCAGCCCCAUUCAUACUGGCUUCCUAGUGAGCUUCAUGGUAGACGCUCGCGGAGGCUCCAUGCGAGGAAGCAGACAUCACGGCCUGCGAGUGAUCAUCCCUCCUCGGACCUGCGCCGCGCCGACGCGCAUCACCUGCCGCCUGGUCAAACCCCAGAAGCUCACCACGCCCCCUCCACUGGUAGAGGGCGAGGGGCUCGCCAGCCGUAUAAUCUCCCUGGGUCCGUCCAGCAUGCAGUUCCUUGGGCCAGUUAUAGUGGAGAUCCCACAUUUCGCCUCACUGGCCCGGGGGGACCGUGAGCUUGUGGUCCUCCGUAGUGAGAAUGGCUCGGUCUGGAAAGAACACCGGAAUCGCUAUGGCGACGAAGUGCUGGAAACCAUUCUGAAUGGCAUGGAUGAAGACCUGGAGAGUCAAGAAGAGUUGGAGAAGAAGAGAAUUCGUCGGAUCAUCUCUACGGACUUCCCGCUGUACUUUGCCGUGGCCUCGCGCAUUCAACAAGAGAGCGAUCUGAUUGGUCCUGAGGGUGGGCGUCUGACCAGUAAGCUGGUGCCCCAUGUUGAGGCCAUCUUUCCAGAGACAGCUGUAACCAAAAGAGUGAGACUGGGACUUCAAGCCCAGCCCAUCCCCGAUGAGUUGCUGACUCGACAACUCGGCAACCAGGCGACCUUCAGCCCGGUGGUCACCAUCGAACCACGCAGACGCAAAUUCCACCGUCCAAUCGGGUUGCGCAUUCCGCUUCCACCAUCGUGGCGGGAGAACCCUCGUGAUGCCGGGGAGGGUGACACCACGAGCCUGCGCCUCCUCUGCAGUGUUAUUGGUGGGACAGCACCUGCUCAGUGGGAGGACAUCACUGGGACAACCAAGCUGAUGUAUGCAAACAGUUGUGCCAACUUUACAACGAAUGUCUCUGCGAGAUUUUGGCUAGCAGAUUGUCCCCGCACAGCAGAGGCCGUGACCUUCGCCAACCUUUUGUACCGGGAGCUGAUGGCUGUGCCUUAUAUGGCUAAGUUUGUUGUCUUUGCAAAGAUGAGCGAGGCGCGGGAAGGACGCUUGCGUUGUUACUGCAUGACCGAUGACAAGAUGGACAAGACGUUGGAGUUGCACGAAAAUUUCACCGAAGUAGCACGGAGUCGUGACAUUGAGCUGAUGGAGGGCAUGCCACUGCAUUUGGAAUGUUCCGGAAACCUCGUGCCAAUUAGGAAAGCCACGCAGCAGCCUCGCACCUUCAGCUUCCAGGCUUUCAGAGACAACCGGCUGCCCGUUUCUGUCAAGGUCAGAGAUAGUAACAAGGAUGCCACAGGGUUUUUGUCCUUCCUGAGAAAGUGCACCAAGUAUGAGGAUGCACAGCAUGUCCUAUGCAACCUCAACAUAGCAAUGCCACCCUGUAUCAAGGUGGUUGGAAGUGAAGAACGACGGCGAACUUUAACACCUCUCGCCCUGAGGGAGCGCUACAGUGCUCUGAAUGAGCCCGGUUUGGCCCCAGUGAAUGCAAUGGAGCGCACCGAGGUCAAGAUCAACAUAAUAUCAGAGCAACUGGGCUUAAGCUGGGCAGAGUUGGCACGAGAGCUUCAGUUUGGUGUUGAUGACAUCAAUAGGAUCCGCGUGGAGAAUCCCAACUCUCUGCUGGAUCAGAGCUGCGCCUUGCUCAACCUGUGGGCUGGCAGAGAGGGCAAAAGGGCAAAAAUGGAAAGCCUGUACAUUGCUUUGAAGAACAUCGACCGUGCAGACAUCGUUAGCUCCCUGGAGGGUCAGGCCGCACAAAUGGCACCCGGCUCUUCAGAGGAUGGGGCCUGCCGACUGGGCGAUCGUGACUCCACCUUGCUGUCCCCCAGUGUCUUCAAUGAGGUCACGGACACAAGGCCAUCGCGCCUCGUGCACAAGCCACGAGUUAUUAGACCCCCGUUUUUCAGGAGGGGUUAUGGGCUGGUUCAGGAGGAGCUGCUGUCUCCGGCCUCUAUGCAAUACAGUUUGCCUUCUCCUCUUGGUGCAGAACCCUACUGGCAGGAAGUGUCCAGUCUAGAGUGCGCCCCCAUCGCCGCCACCGAAGAAGACACCUUGAUGGAGAUGUCGGACGUCCAGGUGUGGCCAGCGGGGGUCAGCCCCUCGCUGGUUACGGUGGAGGACUCGUCUUUGGACGGCAGCAGUCGAGCGGACGACUCUGAAGGCGCCACGCUUUCCCUUCCCUGCAGUUUGGGCCGCCCGAGCAGUGGAGCGAGCGGGGCGAGCGGCUCCAUCAUGGAGCUGGAUGAGGAAGAGGAGGAGGAUGAGGAAGGGGAGGUUGAGGAGGAGGAGACGCCACUGGAGCCGGUCAACGCUCUGGCGGAAAGGGACCGGAUCAGAGCCAGUGGCGCCGUUCCCAAGGUUAACUUGAAUGGCCAGCUGGGAGGUCAGAGGUCGGACGGUAGGAGAGGGGAGGCUCCUGCGGUGGGAGGAGCCAAAAGAGGCGGGGCGGGGCUUGGUUCAGUGGAAGGCGUUUGUGUUGUUGCAGGCCAGCAGAUGUAUGGCCACCCUGAGAUGUCGCCGUUGAGUCGAGUGGGCGAGCACAAUGGAGACAACCGGGUGGUCGGAGGCGGAGCUUUUCAACCCUACUUAUCUGACAAGGAUUCCCUGCAGGGCUGGGUGGGCUCAGUAUCAUCGGGACGGGACAACAGCGCGCCAGGCCUGCACGCUGCCCACGAGGCUCUGCUGACUCCGAGAGAAGAGAAAGAGGACUAUGCUGUUGACGAACACGGAAGUGUGCUUAAUCGAAAGGUGGGGGCGGAUGUGAGAAGGGCCACAAAGUCGGUGCAGCGCACCAGUCUUCGGAGGGUUAAACACUGAAACACAACACACACAACCUGGUCCACGAGGACAAGAGAGCCACUGCCAAAGCUUCCUCCACAAGACCACAUCCAGAACGCAAAGGAAAGUGAGCGACGGGACAGAUACUACCAAAAUGACAAACAUGGAAUUACCCUCCACAUGUGACACAACUCCUGAGGGGAAAAAAAAGUGUUGAAGACCUCAACUUGUAGUUUUAUAACAUUUGUAAAGUAUCACUAAAACUAAAGCAUGACCAUUUUUUCUACAAAACAAUCCAAAAAAAAAAAAACAGCAUAUGUCACUGAACUAAGACGACAAAAAGUGCUUCCUGUGAACUGUAACUGCAUGAUGACUGCUGGUGCAUGACUUAGACCUUUUGAACUGUCAUUAUCUACGAACUGAAGAGAGCGCAAGCUAGAGGGCACGCUUGGGUCCAGUGCCCUUUUAAAGACUCAAAUGCCAACAGGUUGGCUCCAGUAACACUGCAGCUCCCCAAAAAUGGAGUAAUCCCCCCACACCCAAAAGAACGGCCUCUGCUGAGCCUGCCAAUGCUUCUUUCGGUGGACCCUUUUUGUUGUGUGCGCGCUUGUCGUAAAUAUGCACUUUCUGCUACGUGGACGUGUGUCGCUGUGUGUAUGUGUGUGUGUCUUCUCUGCCGCAUGCCUUUCAAUGCUUCUGACCGGGCGCUAAGCUCUGGCCCCUGAUUGGCGGAAGGGCCCUGUGAUGUCAGCACUGGUUUUGAGUGUCCUGUCCUUGUGUGCUGAAUUGGCCUCCCCUUGUUGUUGUUGUUUUAAAAAAUACUAAAAACGCUAAACUUAGUUUCUUAAGAGCUGGAACAUUUUUCUUUGGAAGGGAUCCCCCUUCAUAACGCAGAGCAUAAUUCUGUCCACUCUGCUACCCCUUUUUCUACCUUCUUCCUUUGUUCUGGUAGCCGACAUCAUCUACCCAAAGCCAGUAGCCUCACUUGAUAUGCAGAAUACUCACACGCACUUCUUUUCAUCCAAUGUUUCAAACGAUCAAGUUGGCUGCAGGAUGUAGUGAUUUACAGUGUAAAAAAAUUUUAAUAAGUCCAGUACAGUAUUGUGCUACUACGUGAUUGUGCAGACAGCACUGUGAUUGUCGUCACUUUCACCGACCCCCGACUCGUCACGUGUCGUCACAAACUAAAGCACACGCAGUCAAGAUGAUUACGGACUGGUCAGGGUGUAAGAUCGUGUGAACUUGCCACAGCAAUAAAAUCCAAAACACGCGUGACGAGCGUCCCUAGGAAGUUCUGUAGACAUACACAUUGGCUUUUUCUUUUUUCUUUUUCACUUCCUGGAUAACACGGGAUCCCACGUCCUAAAUCGACCUUGAUGUGAAUGAAUCAGCGAGGAAACGCUGACGUAGGAUCAGACCAGUGUGUUAUCAAUGUGGGACUGCAGAAGCCUGAAAGAGAUUUGUGUCUGUGUUUUACAGCAUUUAUAGGAUAUCAAGCAGUGUUAUUUUGCAGUAUAUAAUAUAUAUUAUAUAUAUAUAUAUGUGUUUUAAGCAGCCAUUUGGGGGACUAAUUCUGUGUAAAAAUUAGACCCCGUCACCAAUUUCACAGAGCAACACGAAAUUUGGUAGACUUGUCUAUCAUAACAAGAUGUAUAAAAAAAAAAAAGUAAAUAGAACCCAUGCCCAAAAUUGAACAGGAGGUCGAUCAUUUGAUUUUGAUUACAUGAAAUAGGGGCUUGGAAAUUUAAAAAGAUAAAUAAAAAUUGUGCUCCCCGGUGUAACUGAUUGACAUGAAAUUUGGUGGAAAUGUCUAUCUGAAGGACCAAUCCCUGAAAUUAAACUGGAAGACAGCCUUUUUUGGGGGGGGGGGGGGGGGGGGG